UCAUCGCCGCCGGGGGCCAUGGGCAGCUCGGUGCGGAAGGGCAGAGCGGUGCAGCAGGCGGAGCCGCCGCGCCGAGCAGCAAAAGAAGAUUUUCAUCAAGUAACACAGAAUACAAACAAUGGGAGAGCCAUUACAGCUUCCAGAACAGAAGAUAGCACUAAAUCCAGUACUAAAAGUAAAGAUGCAGAAUUGAUUUUGCAGAUACAGUCCUACAUAGAUAAAAACACUGUGGUGAUCUUCAGUAACACAACAUGCAGUCUUAGUACUAAGGUGAAGGAGCUGUUCAAAUCCAUGAAAGUUCCCUACUUUUCACUUGAACUAGACCAAACUGAGAAUGGACAGAAGCUGCAAGAAGCACUGUAUCAACUGACCUUGGAAACUUCAGUACCAGUUGUAUUUGUGCAACAACAGCAAAUAGGAGACUAUAGCAAAACUUUAAAGGCGCAUGAAGAAGGCAAGCUUCAAAAACUACUUGAAAUGAAUGGACCUAAUCACCUGCAGGAGUCCUAUGACUAUGACCUAAUUGUCAUUGGAGGGGGAUCUGGAGGUCUGGCUGCUGCCAAGGAGGCUGUCAAGUAUGAUAAGAAAGUGAUGGUGCUGGACUAUGUGACUCCUACUCCCCUGGGAACUUCAUGGGGUCUUGGAGGAACAUGUGUAAAUGUGGGUUGUAUACCUAAAAAACUGAUGCACCAGGCAGCUUUGCUAGGACAAGCCUUAAAAGAUUCCCGCAAAUUUGGAUGGCAGUUUACAGAAGAAGCAGUCAAACACAGCUGGGAGACUAUGACAGAAGCUGUUCAGAAUUAUAUUGGGUCACUAAACUGGGGUUAUAGAGUUGCUUUGAGAGACAACAAGGUCACGUAUGAGAAUGCAUAUGGAGAGUUUGUUGGGCCACACACUAUUAAGGCAACAAAUACAAAAGGGAAAGAGAAACUGUAUACAGCAGAGAAAUUUAUUAUUGCCACUGGUGAAAGGCCACGCUAUCUGAAUAUCCCUGGAGACAAGGAAUACUGCAUUAGCAGUGACGAUCUGUUCUCCCUGCCUCACUGUCCAGGAAAAACCCUGGUAGUUGGAGCUUCCUAUGUUGCCCUUGAAUGUGCUGGAUUUCUUGCGGGGAUUGGUUUAGAUGUAACUGUAAUGGUGCGAUCCAUUCUUUUAAGAGGAUUUGACCAGGAAAUGGCAAACAAAAUUGGAGAACACAUGGAAGAACAUGGGAUCAAGUUUAUUAAGCAGUUUGUGCCAACUAAGGUUGAGCAGAUUGAAGAAGGAACUCCUGGAAAAUUGAAAGUUAUAGCUAAAUCCACAACUGGCAGUCAGACAAUUGAAGGAGAAUAUAACACUGUGUUGCUAGCAGUGGGAAGGGAUGCAUGCACAAGGAAAAUUGGCUUGGACAAAGUCGGAGUGAAGAUCAAUAAAAUAUCAGGAAAAAUUCCUGCCAAUGAUGAGGAGCAGACUAAUGUCCCUUACAUCUAUGCCAUUGGAGAUGUGUUGGAGGACAAGCUGGAACUCACACCAGUAGCAAUCCAAGCAGGAAGACUGUUGACUCAGAGGCUUUAUGCUGGAGCAACCUUAAAAUGUGACUAUGUGAAUGUUCCAACUACUGUGUUCACUCCAAUGGAAUAUGGAGCCUGUGGAUUUUCAGAGGAGAAAGCUAUGGAGAAAUUUGGGGAGAAUAAUAUUGAGGUAUACCAUAGCUUUUUCUGGCCAUUGGAAUGGACGGUCCCAGGCAGAGACAACAACAAAUGCUAUGCAAAGAUAAUUUGCAAUAUUCAAGAUAACAAGAGAGUUAUUGGGUUCCAUGUGCUUGGCCCAAAUGCUGGAGAAGUUACCCAGGGGUUUGCAGCUGCCAUCAAGUGUGGACUGACAAAAGAGCAGUUGGACAGCACAAUAGGAAUUCAUCCAGUCUGUGCAGAGAUAUUCACCACCCUAUCAGUGACAAAGCGUUCUGGUGGAAAUAUCGUUCAAUCUGGAUGCUGAGGUUAAACACCCCCACUGUUGUUGCUGUUGCCGGAGACCAACUUUCAUCACUGUGGCUGACUUGUGCAGAAGAAACCACCUCAAGAUAAACUGUCAUCAACCCUCGAUAGCAAUAUGCAUGUCUUCACCAAAGCACUACCUUAACUGGAUGAGACAAGCAUGUUGAGGUUUGUUAGUUGCUUGUGAUGAUUGGAUGGCAAUUUGCAAAACAGUGGGAAUAAUUAAUGUCAAGCUGCUGCAUGGCAUGGCAUUUACAGGAUGCUUCCAUGAAGUCGCAGCCUAAAGCCAGCAUUUCUGGUAGGCAGUGAUGGAAGAAUUGCUAGCACAGUUUGAGAAUAACCUCCUUCUCCUAAAUGAAGAGCUUCCUAAUUCAAAUGCAUCACCACAAGUCCUGAAAUUCUGUGGUAUCUUAUUAUGGCUCAGUAUAAAACUGUCAUUAUGACAACUCCUUGUUAAGCAUACAUACCAUUUGAGGACAGUAAUGUAGUUAAGUCAUGCAUGUAGAGAGAGAACUUAUCUUACAUUUAAUUCAGACAAGGAAAAUGUCCUUGCAGAAAGAUUCAGCACUUUUCAGAAUAGGAAAUCUAGUUUGGCUUCCAAAAAUCCUAAAACCUAGUUGUUAAGUCCUCUUCUUUUUGUUUCGUUUUAUUUUGCAGCCACCUACUUGUGGCUAUGGUUGCAACUUGUUCUAGUCAUUGAAAGAGGAAAAUAUUUUGCAAGGCCUUGCUACAUGGGCAAACUUUUUGCCAGAAUACCUUUUAGGGUAUUCUUUAAUAUAUAAACUCGUUAGGCACGCGCACAGAAAUUAUGAUUUUCUUU